GUGUGUGUGUGUGUGUGUGUGUGUGAGAGAGAGAGAGAGAGAGAGAGAGAGAGAGAGAGAGAAAAUAUCUCAUGUUUGAAAGAGAGGAAAGGAGGAUAACAUACUUUAUUCUUUACGUCAUUUUCUUGCUAAACAUCUUUCUGAUUGGGAAAUCUAAAUUCUUCAGUUUUUGUGGCCCGUGCUCUUAUUAUUCCUUCACAAACUAUGAUUGAUCCAAAGGAAGUGAAGAAUUGCGCUUGCUUUGUCACAGCAUUGUGUUCCGCCCUAUUGUUAUUUUUUGGUACAAAUAUUGGUCUUAUAGUUUAGGUUUACUACCUCGAGACAAUCAGGUAUUUUCAACAUGGGCAAAGCAUCAAGGGAUAAGAGGGAUAUCUACUACCGAAAAGCAAAAGAAGAGGGUUGGCGUGCUCGAAGUGCCUUCAAGCUCCUUCAAAUUGAUGAAGAAUUCAACAUAUUUGAAGGAGUGAAGCAUGUGGUGGAUCUAUGUGCAGCGCCUGGUAGCUGGAGUCAGAUUGAAAAGCCUUUACAAAGACAUGGUGGGAGGCUUGAACACAAUGAGACAUAUUGUGGUUCAUGCUAUGGUGCGGAAGUGUCAGAUGAUGAUUGUUGUAACUCUUGCGAUGAAAUUCGUGAAUUAUAUAGAAAGAAAGGAACCAAUUCCUGUCACUCAACUUGUAAGGAAAACUGCUUCUGUUAUGUAGGAGUUUACAUAGUCAGGAAUUGUAACAUGUGAGGUGCAUUUGCCUAACAGAUGGUUCAGAUGAUGAGUAUGAGCCCAAUAGUAGCAGUGACGAUGAUGAUAGUGAUGGCUAGUUUUUGAGAACUUCGAUGAAUAGAUUUCUAUAAUCUUUAAAUAGUUUUGGAUUCUGUUUACAAACUUGUAUAUGAUACAAUUUUGGAUGGUUUUUAACUUUUUUGUUGAAUUUAGAACUAAGGGUAGUCUUUUUGUGUUGUUUUGAACUUACGGUUAAUUUUUGAAUGUUUGGAAUGUAUUGACAAUUUUUGAAUGUUUAUAAUUUAUAGAUGUAGUUUAUUUUUUA